GAGAUGCUGUUAGGCGAACAGUUCUCUACAAGGCACGUUGGCGGGCGGAACUCGACGCGAUCGCAGCUGAUCGGACGCGAAAGAGAGCGGGACGGCAGACGCGGGCUGGAGCGAGAGGGUGCGAGGCCCAGCAGUACGAUUUCUUACCUCUUUUGCGGAAAAUACGAAUCUCUCGCCUUUUUUUCUGGUGCAGUGCAGUUUUGUGUGUUUCUUGGCUCGACGACCCAAAAAAAAAGGCCCAAAAAGGGACAGGGUGAGCUCCACCUCGUAAAUGCCACCACUGGGAAGGCCCGAGGGGGAAAAUCGGGAAACCGGGAAACUGGGCAAGUGGGUGUGAGUGGGGGAGGGGAGUGCCUUUCUCGGGGAGCGGAUCAACUAAAAAUAGCCAAAAACAUAAAAACGAAGAAGUCGAGCGAGCGAGAAUGCUAACAAAAACAAGAAACAAAAAAAGGAAGCCAAAAAUAAUUGAAAGCGUGGGCAGCGUUCGAAUAAGCAGAGUACAGUAAGACCGCCCUACAGGGGACCUCCAGAGAAGAGUGCACACUGGAGCCACAGCCACACAACCUAAAAGAUAACAACAGCCACAUAUCGGAGACGCUGCAGGGAGCCUUUCAGCCACCCUACCGAGGGCUGCCUGUACCGACUUAGUUGGGAUAAACAAUAAAUUGGCCAGGGGCCAAGCAAGAAGAGGAGAUAGCCAGGGACAGAUCAGAAGAAGGCAGCGGACAGAAGAGCAACAGGUGGAGGGAAGCCGAGACCCAGAAUCCUUGCGACUUGCCCCAAAAGAUCAGCCCCCAAUGUCCCAGUCGGCGGGGGAAGAGGAUCAGGAGGACCUCGAGGAGGAUCCCCUGGCCAAUCUGCUCAGCCUGAAGCUGAGGAAGCCGGCCAGCUGGAACUGGGAGCUGAGCACCUCGAGGAGCUGCAGCAACAUCGCCCUGCCUCGCAUCCUGCUCUACGACCACGCCGGAAACCUCCUGGUGGACGCCACUGGGCAGCAGGAGGGCACCUACCGCUCUGGGGACUCCCAGCGGCGCCGCAAGCGCUCCGCCACCUCCAACCUGAGUCUGGAGAGUAACUUCCACGGGCUGCGAAUAGCGGAGGCCACGCCCACGCCCACCACCACACGCACAGCUACGCCCACGGCCGCACACACGCCGAGUUCGAGUGGCAGAAGUGGGGAGGGGAGAAAGAAGACCCACGGAAGCUGCAUCGACUUCAGCACGCAUGAGUUGCCCAACUGGGAGCCUUCCUCGAGGAGGUCGAGCUCCUUGCGGAGCGUGCGCUUUCAGGCGGCGGAGGAGCUACCCGCCUACCCCACUCCGCCCUCCACUUCCACGCUCAACUCGUCCAGCUCGGGGCCGAGGGAGAAGAGGCGCUACCGGCGCUCGCACAGCUCCAUCCUGGAACGGUUCAGCCUCUCCAAGGGGCGCCAAUCCUCUCCGGAGUUCGCCCAGGAGUUGGAGGUGGAGAAGGCUCCGCGAUACUUCCUGCGCACCAGCAAGGCCGGCACGCUGGUCAUUCGCGAGGAGAGCUUCAGCUCCCAGCGGAUGCGCCACCGACGUCGGCGUCCGCCCAAGCACUCCUCCAGCGAGAACAUCCUCCAGGAGCGGCAGGACGAGCAGGAGGCUCCAGAGGCGCCGGUUGUGCAGGCCACACUGCGCCAAAGGGGAGUGGAAAGGACGGUGUCCACCUCGGAGGAGGAGGCGGAACAGCAGCCCAGAAGGUCCAGGACAAGACCCAGAAACCAGAGCCAUCGCAGUUGCGGCAAGGACGCAGCUCAGGACCUUAUAACCGUGGAUCCGGAUAAUUGUGUGUACCGUGCAGCGCCGGGCGCCACAGCACGCUAGAAGAACGCCCAGGAGAGGGUCCUCCCAGGAGACUGGGCACCUUGGCGGAAAGAGAGAGGAGAAGAGGGAAUGCGAGCAGUACGAAAAGAGACAGACCAAGAGUUCCUCCCUGUGAUGUAAGACGAUAGAACCGACACAAAUAAAACAAAGAAUAUAGAAACCAUUA